ACUCUGCUCUAACCCUAGAACUUUUUCUCUCUCUAAUUUACUCUCUCUCUUCCCCUUUUUACCACUAUACUUUCCCUCCUCCAACACUCAAACUGAUUUCCCCCUUUCUCCACCAAUCUCUCUCUCAAUUCACUGCUCUCCCAAAUGAAAUGGGAGAUGGAGGUAGACGAGAUUGAAGCGGUGCUCGAGAAGAUAUGGGAUUUGCACGAUAAGCUCAGCGACGCAAUCCACUCCAUUUCCCGAGCCCAUUUCCUCAACUCCGUCAAGAAUCCGACCCGGAAAUCCGAUGAAUUCUACGUCCACCGGAAGAGGAAAUCCGCAGACGACGAUCCGGCUGCCAAGACCGGCCCGGGUUUCGUGUUCGCGAAGGAGUUCCGGGUCGAUGACGACGAGAAGGCGGUCCGCGAGGCGAAGAGCUUGUACGCUAUUCGAACCGCGCUUGAGAAUCUCGAAGACCAGCUCGAAUUCUUCCAUACUGUGCAAACUCAGCAACGAGCGGAGAGAGACGCUGCGGUUGCUCGUUUAGAGCAAAGCCGAAUCAUUCUUGCAAUGAAAUUGGCCGAGCAUCAAGGCAAAAAUUACAAAGUCAUCGAAGAAGCACAAGCUUUGGUAGGCGAUGUGAGAGACGCCAGUCGGUUUGUCGAGACAGAAAAUCCCUAUGGUUCGACUCCAUAUCCUUCGCAGGAUGAAACCAAUGUACUGCAGAAAGAGAAGAGGCCGAGAAAUCCCGUCGCUAAUUUCUUCCUUUCGAGCUUCGAUUUUGUUUCCAAGUGCCUCAAAUUGGAUCAAGCGGUUGGGAUAGUGGGGAAUGCUGCUUUGCUGGCUAUAACCAUGAUUGCUUUUGUGCAACUGAAUCAAGUACGAGGUGGUAAGGAGAAGUAUUCAUCGGACGAUUCUCGCUCAAACGGGGCGUCUUCUGUCGAUCAAAAAACGAACUUGGAUGUCAUGUUGGCUAGAGGUUGAAAUUGUGAGCAUUUUCUUGAGCAGAGGCUUUUGUGCUUCGAUGGUGAAGAGUCGUGAUUACUUGGCUGUCGAGUUUUUUGGUAGAUGGGAAUGAUUAUGUGUGAUUUCUGCUGUUAGUCUUAGGUAGUGCAAUGUUUUGUUUUUUUUUUGGUUUUGGUGAGUUGCAAAAUGUUCUUUCACUUUCUUGGUGAAAGGUUAACUUUUGAUAUAUAUAUAUAUGAGAAUGUGAUUGUGAAUACCACAAA